AGGAAAAGCCGCGGCCGGUCCCGCCCCGGCGGCUGGGCCCCGGCGUGCGGCGUGUGGGGAGGCGGCGCCGCGCAGCUAUGGCGGAGCAGGGAGGCGGCGGGAGCCCCGGGCGGCCGGCGGGGCGGAAGAUGUCCCUGCAGAGAUGUGAAACAUGUAGCAAAGAGGAAGCUAAGUACAGAUGUCCACGAUGCAUGAAAUAUUCGUGCAGUCUGAUGUGUGUAAAGAAGCAUAAGCUUACACUGAGCUGUAAUGGAGUCAGGGAUAAAACAGCGUUUAUCUCUGUAAACGAAUUUACUGACUUGAACCUUUUGAGUGAUUAUCGUUUCUUGGAAGAUGUAGGAAGGACAGCUGAUGCUGCUGCUAGACGUCCUACUAUGCAUAGUCCCGCAACAAAAAAACUUUUAUAUUGCUUGAGAAAUAAAGCUCGAAGGUGUAAUAUUGACCUGAGAACGCUGCCCAUUGGAUUUACAAAAAGAAGAGAAAAUUCAACCACCUUCAAUUGCAUGGAGAAAAAGUUCUACUGGCAUUUGAAGCUCAUAUUUCCUCACUGUCAUGCUGAAUACACUUUAAAAGGGGUGCCUGAUGAUAAAACACUCGCUGAUAUCCUUAAGCCAUACAUUGAUCCAGUGGAGUCAGAUCCUGUAGUUUGUCAAAGAUUAAAAAUCUAUACAGUGGCUCCUCAGUCAGAUGUACAAAUUUUAAUGAAAAUUGAAAACAGGAAACAGAACUCUGUCAGGUACAAUGAACUGGAUGCCAGUAGAAGCCUCCUAGACAAUUUGAAAGGCAAAGUAAUAAUUGAGUAUCCAACAUUAUUUGUGGUCCUAAAAACAUUGAAGAAUGACAUGGUGGUUCUUGGCCAAGAUGGCAGUGAACCUGCAGAGAACUCAGACAGUGAAAGUUCAUCCCUUUCGUCUGUGGAAGAAGGGGAAAUUCGGGACAGUUUGUGACAGUUCUUUGAGAGAAGAGGGUGGAGUCAGAAUUUUUUUACUCUUAUAAUUAUUUAAUUAAAUUUAUUUUAUACCAAAUGAGUUCUCAGAGGUUUGGUUUGAUUUCCUUCACUAAAAGCAGCACUUCCAAACUGCCUGUCUAUUUUUGGAUUUAGUAGUGUAUGUUUAGGGAUGUAAGUAAAAAAUGGGGAAUUGCCGAUUACAGAAAAAACUGAUAUUCUUGUUUAAUUGCAGCCUUUUGUCCAUGUAUCUUUCAUAAAUCAGAGUAGCCCAAAUUUUAACAUUUCCAGGUUAAUUUCAACUAUAUUUUUUUUUCCUUUUACCCUAACAGCUCAGUGUCUGAUUUCAGAGUUUAUAAAUACCUGAUCACAUAUUUGUAUUUAUACGUGGAUUUGAGUCUUAAUGCUUAAACUUACUGAAAAAAACCACUGUGUUUCAUUAGAUUAAUUUUCUUUUAGGGUGUGUCUAUGUCAUGCUGAGCUGCUGCAAAUGAUUUUACUUUGCUUUUUGCUUUAAUCUUCUGUGGUGGCAUUUUGCGUGCCUGGUGCGAUACAUGUUUUUUAUUCCUUCAUUGCAUCUUGUUUAAUGUGUUUAAGACAGGUCAAACCAUGUUUCAGGGUGGCAUGUUGGUGAACGUUUAAUCGUCUACCCUGACCUUCUAAAUUAGUGUGGGUUUUAAAAUCGAUAGAAAUGGAUACAUAAAGUGUCGCUAGUGCUAAUAUUUUGGACUUACAUAUAAUGCUUAUGUUAUGCAUCUCAUAUUACUAGUUUACCUGCUAAAGCCAGGUAUUGUAAAUAUUCACUGGAGUAUCAACUAAGCCUACCUACUUAAAAACAAAUAAACCUUAAAAAAAGAGUCCUGUACUGUAUCAUCUGCUGACAAUAGAAAUCUGCUGUUAACUUCUGGGAAGAUUUUGAGAUCACAGACCCCUUCUCACUGUGUGUAAGUCCCCGGGGCAGGGGGGGUGGGGGGGUGUCUGUUGGGGGAUGAGAACAGCAUGUGCUGUGAGCGGUGUGAGACUGGUGAGCCCCUCUGCACGCUUGCACCAGGCAGUUCUCAGGAAUUAGCACAGGUGGUUGGGAUUGGUUUGCAAGGGUCUAACUACUAAGUCAGUACAUGUCAAGUCAUAAGGAUACGAUCACUUUGUAGACAGCGCUGUGAGGUUGUCGCUCCCGUUGUUGUUACCCCAGCCUGUUUGUCUCCUGCUGGAGACAGGCACCCUUGUGACGAAAGUUGAUGGCGUGGGAUGCACGCCACACUGCCAUGAAGGUGGGUUUUCAAUACAAUGGUACUUCCUGCCAGUGCUGGCAUCGUAAGUGGAAAGACAACAGAAAGCAGUGAAGGAGCGUGUUGAGGUGACAGGAGGCUGUGGCAGCAGUAUGGGAGAGGGCUGGGGGCUGCCAGACUCGCUCAAGGCUUCAGGGCACCAGGCUGUCGGUUCCUUACCGGCCAUGCUGCGGGGAGAGGAUUUUGGAGAUGUUAAAAGUUUUAGAAGUGUAUUUUUUUCCACACCUUUGCAAACAAAUUGUCAUUAAAAAAAUUGUUCACCGUGACACCUAGCUACUGGUUUGGAAAGUUUUCUCACAGCGGUAUCUAUCAUGUGUCCUUUCCCUUGUGUGUUUUGCAGCCCCUGGUAAAACAGGGAAGUUUUUCUUCUUGCCUGGCAGUAGCCACCUGUGCUCUAUUUUCCUUUUUAGUCAUUGUUGGUCCUCUGCCCACCUCUUGUUUCAAUGUUUGUUUUUUUAACCCUUUUUAAAGAACCAGGAUUCCUAGCUAUAGGUGCUGCUUUCAUAUUUUUUCAGUUCAGUGGAAGUGAAUAAGCUUUUCCUAAUCAGUGAUUACUGCACAUUGACUUGGUAGCCACAAAUUACUUUAAACCAGUCUUGAACUCGUUCAUAACACCACUGAUAAAAGAGCAGAACAGCAAAGCUGCCACAGUUCAUUUGCUGGAAAAUGUUUCAUCUGGAGUAAGAGCGUGGCAUUUCUAUUAAGAUUCACAGUGCAUGGCGGAAACAAGAACACUGCAAAUAUUAGUGUUGAUCUGCAUGUGUGUGUGAUUAGUCUUUGGCUGAGGAACGCAGAUUUGUAAUUUGCAUUACUUCCAUACUUUCUCGAAGGUUUUCGUUAAUUGUGUGAAAGGGUUUGCCUGUGCUGGGUUUUUUUCUUCCAUAAAUCUAGGGUAAGCUUCCUUGUGAGUUAAAACACAAUGGUAAUGUCUUUUUAAAUGAAGGUGCUGUUGAAUCUAUUCUUCAGAUGCAAAUCUAUUCCUAUCUUAAAGAAGGUCUUAAAAAAUGAUUAAGGAACAUUCCUGUGGUGGUUACUAGAACUUAAAUUUCCCAAACAAAGCUGGGAAUCAUCUUCCAGGAUUCAAUCAAAUCAAGAAUAAAAGGCCUUGGUAGCACUUGCCAUUCAUUCCCAGGUUACUAUUUACCUAUUCUUACUUAGUUUUGGUAAAGGUUACACUAGUUUGAACAGUGGCAAUUCAUCAAAUGCAAGCCAAGAUGGAAUCGAAGUAUUUUUAUUAAGUUUUGCUAAACUUCUUCCAUUUUUCAUUAUAGAAACGAAUCAAAAUGAUGGUGUCUGGCUAAAAGCACAGCCUUACUGAUGACAGUUGACCAGUGCGGGUCCUGCAACAAUGGGCUGUGUCUCUCCAGGGAAAGGACUUUCCAGAGAAACACAUCAAGAAAAGAUAUAACUGGUUUAUCUUCCCCUGGCCCAGUGUCAGUUUUUUGUGGCUGUGCGUGGGGACCCAGAGCAGCAUGAAGCGCUGUGUAUGACAGAGGCUCCUCUGGGUGCUGGUGCUCCCAUAGACAGUAAGUACCCAGCACCAAACCGGAGCACACCAGAGGUUUACAACCAUGUGGAUUCUGGAGGAAGAUCUUACUAAAUCCAAUGUGCAGCCCUUUUUUGUAUCAUGUUCAAUUCCCUCUUUCUCAUUCUCUUUUUCCUCUGACCAUCCUUCACCACACGUUUCUUCCAUCUCUCCUCCUCUUCUCCUUUUCCAUGUUCCAGUCUUUUUUCCCUGUGGCCUUCCCUCUUCUAGUGUGUCCUGGUUUUGUCUGGGAUAGAGUUAAUUUUCUUCCUAGUAGCUGGUAUAGUGCUGUGUUUUGGAUAUAGGAUGAGAAUAACGUUGGUAGCACACCGACGUUUUAGCUGCUAAACAGUGCUGACACUAAGUCAAGGACUUUUCAGCUUCCCACCCCACCAGCAAGCAGGCUGGGGGCACAAGAAGCCAGGAGGAGAUGCAGCCAGGACAGCUGCCCCAAACUGGCCACAGGGAUAUCCCAUACCGUAUGUCGUCAUGCUCGGUAUAUAAACUGGGGGGAAAGCUGGCCGGGGGCUGCUGCUCGGGGACUGGCUGGGCAUCGGUCAGCGGGUGGUGAGCAGCUGCACUGUGCAUCACUUGUUUUAUAUAUUCUAAUUCUAUUUGUUAUUAUUAUUGUUGUUGUUAUUAUUAUUUUCCUUUCCUUUGCUGUCCUAUUAAACUCUCUUUAUCUCAACCUAUUAAUUUUACUUUUUUGUUCCCAAUUCUCUCCCCCAUCCUGCUGGGUCGGGGGGAGGGAGCGAGCGGCUGUGUGGUGUUCAGCUGCCUGCCGGGUGAAACCGCGAUGCAGUGUUUACCCACCUCGGGCUGGGCCUCUCCCGCAGCCCCUGCCAGGCUGCUGGCUCCUGCGGCACUAAAUCAACCCUCCCCGAGUCAAUGGCUCCUCUCAGUCACUCACAGGAGGUGCAAAUCCAGUGGGGCAAAUUAAGCAUAGCAAUGCACAGGCAGAGCAGCCGAGUAGCCAGAAGGCUUCAGCAGCUAAAAUUCAAGUGGGUUCAGAUGUGGUUUUUUUCUUGCUUUGAUUUACUCGGACUUUAUGCUGAAUUCUUUGAGUAUGGCAUUUCCUAUUUGUUUUCUUCCUCUUCCCUACUGCCCUACUUCAGCUAUGCUUAUGCCUGUCAGGUUUUGUAUCAUCUGUGCCUUGCCUGUGGUUUCUAAUAUUUAGGGGGGGUUGAUUUGCAGUAUUGGUGCUCUUUGCUUUGUAGGUGCGCUGCAUUUUCCUCUGGCUGCUGUCAAGGUGUUGCAGAAGUUCCCAUCAUGUGAAAGUGGAAGGGGGACUUGUGAGCCUCCUAAGCCUGCAGGGAAACAGAGAAGGAAAAUUGGAUGUAUCAGUCAGUUGUGCUUUUUGCUGCUUCAGCGUGUGAACUGCACCACGAUAGAGAUAAACCUUACGCAGAUGGAAGGGACAUAGCAGCAUAAAAGAGGCAAGAAGCAUCCCUGCUGAUGCUCAGCGUGCUCCCGUUGACCAGCAGUACGUACCCCAGGCUGGAUGCAGAAAUGCAAAGCAGUUACAGCCCACUCCUGCUUAGCUCCUUCUGCCCAGUCAGAGAUUCAAAAUACCUUUGUCACUGUCACUUAAGGAUCUGUCAUUAACUUUAUUUUAGUACCAGCCAUUACCAUUUCCUCAGUGAGACAGGUGGAUUAGUUAAUAUAUAUUCACCUACUGUCAUUCACCUGUACUUCAACGCUAGGCUACAUUCAGAAGAUGCAACUGGCAUCAAGCGUAUCCCUAUAGCUGAAGUUUGCAAUGAAAAUACUAUUAUGGGCUUUGGCUAUCCAUGCCACCAAAACAAAACCCACCAAAACAAAACCAGGUGGUCCUAGUCAUAUUUCUUAGUCAUAUGUAUUGUUUUCAUCCCAUGCAGCAAUGUAGUUUGCAAAUAAUAGCAACAUAGCCUGAAAUCUCUUUUUGUUUUCUAGAAGAAAAUUUUCACAGCUGCGUCUCUUGAGUUUCAUGAAGGAGGCUGAGGCAUCAGGAACUUUCCCAGUGUCAGCUGAGAUGAAGGUCCUGGAUGGAGAUCCCCACCCCAGAGAGUUAACCAAAUGGCCUCAGCAGAAACUUCUUCACUUUAAACUUCGGUCCUCGGAGUGCAGGAUUUCCCAGUGGAGCAAUGCAUGCAAACUGACAUCUGUUAAGACAGAAUGAGCAAGCUCAAAAUAAAGUUGCUCAUGGUUGCAAGGAUUUAGUGGAGCUAGCUGAACCUGAUUGCAGUCAAUCAGGUUGUGUCUGAGAAAUCCUUGAUCAAAGCACACUUCCAGGCUGUGGUCCAUAAUGGUUGUCAGCUGUUGUCUGCCUCAGUUUGCAGCUUAACUGCACCUUGGAGACAAGUGCCUCCUGGUUUUGACGGUGUUGUGGGACCACGUGCUCCAGAAUACACUCUUUUUGGUAUGUUCAGGUUUGCUUAUUUGGUUUCUUUUUCUACAUUUGAAAUGUAUGGCAAGCUCUUCUUUCCCCAAAGGUGUUUUGUUUCGUUACAGUUAAUAAUUACAGCUACAUUUCCUUGAGGUUAGUCUGUGUCAGAGCUAGGAGAGCCCUCUGCCGCCUUUCUGAUGCUUUCCCUCCCUCCCUGCUGUUCUUGACCUGGUGGAACGGUUUCUUGUUGCUGAUAUGUGGACCUUCAAAGGGCUUGUCUAGCCUUUGAUUUUUAAGAACACAUUUUUGUAGCUGUUUUCCUGAAGAAAAUGAGUAUUGAUUAGUAUUUUUUUAUCUUUGCAUGCUAAUAGGAGGGGAGGCCUGAUCUGGCAGGAUGCUGAACGUGCUGUGCCACACAGCGAAUUCUGUCACUUACUGUGCUUUCCAGGCUAGCUGCUGGAAAUGUCACAGGAUUAAUUUCAGAAUCCCCUGAGGUGCCUGUUGGCUUUGUCUAGAAUCAUUACUCAUUCUCUGCUACGUACACAAGCUUAUUAAAACACGGUGAGACUUCGGCUGUGUUUGUUGCCUUACUGUUCAUUUCCAUUCUGUUCCAUCUGGACUCUUACCCUUUGCCUACCAAUACAUUACGUGAGCACCUUGCAGUGGCAGCUAGUUGUGCUCCUCUGUUGUGCGUGCUUAUUUUAUGGCACACAUGAGCUAACUGAUGCCAGGAAGCCAGCCAAAACCUCCUCCAGGGCUACUCUGCUGCUAGAGAUCAGUGACUUGCACCGCUUUCUGGCUUGUGCCCCUCGUGUCUAGCCUCUGAUAGCGCAGUGAAAAUAAUCAAUGGCAGACGAGUAAGUAGACACGAUGUCAUCCUUGCAGAUAGGGAGGACUUGCAGGCAGCCAACAGAUCGUCUAUGUGCUUUAAGAAUGUUUGUGGAGAUGGAGUUAUGAUCCAAGAAUGUGCAAAUAGCUGCCCAUCCCAGUGUUACGUGUCUGCGAUUAGGGAGAAGUGCUAAACCAUCUCUAGACUUGAUUAGCAUCCAAAUUUGAAAGAUGUGUCUUGAGCUGGAGCUGGUUGGGGUGAUUUUUCCAGGGGAGUGAGGAGGAAACUAUGUGAAUGGAAUCUCUUCCUCAUCUUAUCUCUGCUGGGGGGUAAAAAAAGAACUGGAGGGAGCCGGCUGGUGAGAGCUGGUGGGCUGCUCUGCAAAAGGGUCCUCGCGUGGGCUCUGUCCUGCAGCCGGGAGUGAGGGGCCUGGUGGCUUGUGCAGACCCACGGGGAGAAGGACAUCUCUUGGAGUCAGCCAGGAAGCCUGUCUGUUGCCCACUGUUUUCCCAGGGACCAGUGUCCUCAGGAAGCAAAUCGUUAGCAGGGGCUAUCGGCAGACUACUUUGUUGUGGAGACUUUUUUAUGAUUGCAUUAAUGUCUCUCUUCAUGUUGUUGUACAAGAAUUAUGACUCCUCGUGUCAGUGUGGAGAUGAAAGCAGGAGCUCUUUUGCAUGGAGCAAGCAUUAAAAGCUAGCUCUUAUGUUAAUCAUAAAAAGAAAAUUAGUGCUGGCUAUUUACUUUCAGAGAAGUUUGCUCUUGCAUUGGUAAUUCUUUUAACUCUUUGCACUCAUCUGUAUCCUCUUGUACACAGUCAGCUAGGUAUUUGUCACUGUCCUCUCUGGCUGCCUGUCCUGGGGUCUGCUUCUGAAAGUCCCCAUGAGCUCAGCUUUUAGACUUAUGGGGGGUCAGAGCAGAAAAAUGGGAGAUAGGAUGGGUCUUUCAGGUGGGCAGUGAGUGAUAACACGACAAUGUUUGUGAUCGGUUGUGAGAGGAAAGCCUCUGGUUUCAAGAACUGGUCUUUUUCAGGAUGUACCCAUACGACAUUUAGCAGUGCCAUGUCAAAAUAAAAAUCAUUGAUUGAAAGUG